CCGUCCACAGUCUCAUCCAUACACCAUGGCCGAAGCCCUCCAGCAGCUCAUCCUCGACUCCCUCGACACACACGGCUCCAUCUCAGACACUCGUACCCUCGUCAUCCCCGGCUCUAACCAGCCAGCAACCUCCAACGAUGCCCAGAUCACCAUCCUCGGCGCACUCAACUCGCUCGACAGCAGGCAGAUGAUCAAGUAUGAAACACAUGAAGUCCUUUCACAUGUCCUUACACCGGAAGGCUCUCAGAUCGCACAACAAGGAUCUCAUGAGGCCCGCGUAUGGACUGUCCUCCCUGCUAAAGAUGAAGGAAAUCCCGUAAAUCCUGCCGAACUCAAAAAGCUCGUGGGCGAUGAGACCGCAAAGGUCGGUCAGGGUCGUGCCUUCAAGAACGGCUGGAUCGCAAAGGAGCGCGAUGGUCUGGUUAAGAUCAAAUCGUCAAUAGAGGAUGUUACCCAGAACGAUCUCCGUGAAGUCCAGUCUUCCGGUACGCUCAAGCAGGGAGAGAAGGUUCUCGCCGAUCUUAGGAAACGUAAACUUAUCGUGCAAAAAAAGGGACAAUGGUUCACCGUCUACAAGGGCGACAACUUCAGCACUUCCACCGCUAAGCCAGAGACAGAUCUGACCGUGGACAUGCUCACAUCCGGAAAGUGGAAGACGUCGACGUUCAAAAAGUACAAUUUCGAAGCCGAAGGCAUCCCCACAAAUGGCGGCGCAUUACACCCACUCCUCAAAGUCCGCGAAGAAAUGCGCAACAUUUUCCUCGAAAUGGGCUUCGCCGAAAUGCCAACAUCCUCCUUCGUCGAAUCCGGCUUCUGGUGCUUCGACGCCCUCUUCGUCCCGCAACAACAUCCCGCCCGCGAAGUCCAAGACACCUUCUACCUCUCCGACCCCGCCUCCUCCCUCUCGCCCCCAAAAGACUACUACGAGCGCGUCUCAACCAUGCACGUCCACGGCGGACACGGUUCCUCAGGCUACCGCGCCCCCUGGUCCGACGCCGAGUCGCACAAACUCCUCUUACGAACGCACACGACCGCUUCUUCCGCGAACAUGUUGUACAAGCUGGCCGCGAGGUGUAGAGGGGAGGUCAAGGCCGGCGACGAUGGAGAAGAUUUCGACUGGGGAGGGACGGCGGGACGGGUGGAGAGGAAAGAAGGAUUGGAGGACAAUGAUGAUGGGUUCAGGCCGGCGAAGUUGUUCAGUAUCGAUAGGGUGUUCAGGAACGAGACUAUGGACGCGACGCAUUUGGCGGAGUUCCAUCAGGUGGAGGGCGUCGUUGCUGACAGAGGACUGACGCUCGCGGAUCUCAUCGGCUUCAUGCGCGUGUUCUUCAAGAAGAUGGGCAUCACGAACCUCCGCUUCAAGCCGGCGUAUAAUCCGUAUACUGAGCCCUCCCUCGAGAUCUUCGCCUACCACGACGAACUCGCGAAAUGGGUCGAGGUGGGCAACAGCGGGAUGUUCCGGCCUGAGAUGUUGGCCCCCAUGGGGUUCCCGAAGGACGUGCAUGUGCAUGGGUGGGGGAUUAGCUUGGAGAGGCCGACGAUGAUUCGGUACGGGAUCAACAAUAUCCGGAACCUCGUCGGGCAUAAGGUGCCCAUCGAGAGCGUCGAAAAAUCGGCGGCGGUCAGGUUCUGAUAACAUACGUCCUGUCCUAUCGCGGUCGGGGUGGGGAUUUCGGGCGGUCAGGGUGGGUAUUUCGGGCGGUCCGAUGGUGAUUUCUAUUGGUGCCCUCGGAAUGAGUUGGUUGUAGAAAAGGGAAGUAAGGGCAGAAUAUUCAAUUGUUGUUGGAACAGGUAUAAUAGAGUAGAAUGGGCUGCGUAUACGAUUAUGAGAUGUACUGCUUGUGUGUAGUAGAGAACGAGGGAUGGCCGGUCACGGUAGUAUCGCAUAACUGUACUGUACUCUGCAUCGCUAAAGCGAAGCAAUAUCGC